AUGUGCAAGUACCCGGCCCCGGAGUGCCAACCGAUUGAAGACGGAAAUGAAGUGGACAAUGAAGCUGAAGAAGACAAUGCCAUGAGUGAAGAUGAAGAAGAUAGUGAAGUAUCAGAUUCAGACUCUUACUACACCGACUCCAGCGUAAACAUGAGAACAGAGUCAGAAUCCGACGGAGAGUCAGCCAGCGGACACCGAGUCACCCCUGAUAUGGUGCUGCUACUCAUGCUGAAAGAAAACGGGGCUAUCUCUGAAGAAAAAUAUACUGAGAAGGCAGAAAAAUGUGAGAAAAACUUUAGAUCCUUGAUACCUAAAAUUCCAAGAUCACGAACAAGCUCAUACGAUUUGUAUAUGAGGGAUCUUUGUGAAGCUGAAGAGUCUAAUGAUGAUGAUGAAAAUAAUGACAGUAACGCUGGUGUAACAGAUAAGGCGGUAGAAGGUAAUGAUGGAAAUAAAGAUACUGUAGAAACUAGUAAUGUAAGUGAAGUUGAAUGUGAUAAAGAUAAAAUAAGAGUUGCAAAAGAUAUAGAGUCUAUUGAGAAAGUAGAUAACUUCAAAAAAGGGACAUGUGAUUUGUCUAAGAAUGAUACAAAUGUUUCUCUAGAACUAGAUGAUACAAGCAGAAAACAAUGUAGUGAAGAAAACAUUUUAUUAGAAGAGGAACAAGGAAAUAUAGUUGGUGGAAUGGAAUGUGAAGAAGUAGAAGAAAAGAUGCAAGAUAAUCCAGCAUGUGAAGAGAAUCAAAAAGAAGAAAAUCAAGGACAACAGAAAGCAAUUCAUGACAAUCUAUCAUCUGAAAAAACUUUAGACAGUACAAUUCAAGAACCAAAUAAAGAUUGUAACAAGUCUAUUGUAUCAGAAUGUAUUGCCACAGAACCUAUGAAAAAUGAUGAGAGUCAGGAGCAGGUUGAAGAUAUGUAUGUAGAGAAAGCCAAUCAUUUUCUAGAUAAUAAUUUAGUACCAGUAAAGGAUAGAAGAAUAGAGACAAAUACUAAUGCAACCGAGGACCCAGAUAACCAAGUUGCCUUAACGAAACCUGGGGAAGAAGCCAAAGAGAAUCACAAUUCUGAAAACGAAAAUGGAGAUAUGCGUAAAGACAUUUUGCAAGAAAUUAAUUUAGCGCCAGUAGAGGACAACAGAAUAGAGGCAAAUAAUAAUUCGAUAAAAGACGAAAAUGAACAACACUCAAUGAAAACUGAAGAAAGAAGCAAAGAAGAUCAAAAUUCUAUUAACGAAAAUGAAGAACCUAACAAUUUCUUGCGAGAAAAUAACUUAGAAACAGAGGACAAAAGUAAAGAGAUAAGUAACAACGCAAGCCAAAGCAUAAACAAACAAAACAUAGAUUUAACAAAGCCUGCAGAAAAUUCCAUAAUUGUAACCGAUAAUUCUCACACUGAAUCUAAUUUACCUACUGGCAAAAUAACUAAAAGUUUCAAGUAUAUUCUAAAGAAGUUAAUAAAGGAAAAGCGCAUUCCAAAAGAAGAUGAAGAAGAUCGUAUUUCUGAUGAAUUUGGAGAAGACUAUGCGACACAUCUGUGGUCAUUCGUGGAUUCGUUAGACCGCGAUUAUGAAAAUAAUACUCGUACAGCCAUAGAAUAUUCAGAUGACGAAGAUUAUGAAGACGACAAUCUUAGAGAGUUCGCUUUCUUCCUGAACUUCUAUUCGCCAUCAUCUUACAAGUAUAUCUUGGAAACAUACAAUACUCCGCUACCAGAGCUGAAAGUCCUAUAUUCAUGGUAUUUAAAGGAUGAUCAUUACCCGGGCCUGUCGGAGAAAGCCUUUAAGAUUUUGAAGGAAAAAUCUUCAGUGAAACGACAGACAUGUAGCUUGAUGCUUAUUGAUAUAUUCUUGAAUAACGAAGGUAGAUAUUGUGACCAGGUGGACUAUGGACAUGGUGAAUACUUCAAUUUUAUCGACAAAGCUGUAUUGACCUACGUUUUUGUGUUAGUAAGUUUAGACGAAGACUGGAAGAUGCCAAUAGGUUACAUUUUCGCGCGGAACAUCCCAGCUGAAACGCAAGCGGAGUACAUCAGGAUCUGUUUGACACAUUGCAAUGAGGCUGGAGCUGAUGUUGUAGCGGUCACAUUGGAGACGCCUACUCCCGCCGAGUAUCUUGGGUGUUCCUUUGAUAAUAUAAGGAAUUUAAAGACUACUUUUAAGCACCCGUCGUGUGACCGUGAUGUAGCUGUUUGGAUCGACCCUUGCUUGGCUCUCAAAAGCGCGCGUCAAACACUAAAAGUCAAAGUUGUUUUGAAAGAUGAUGAAGGCAAAAAAAUUCGCUGGAAUUUAAUAAGAAGGCUAAAGAGAUUACCUACAGAUGAUUUCAUAGAUCUGGAGGCUCCAGAGUUUUUCGAACUGAAAACUCACAUCGCGAAAAUCGAUCUCACAUCGGAGACUUUCAGUAAAAGUCUGAUUCCAGCAUUGGAGCUUGCUGAAAAAUUACUACCAGAUACUUUCACAGAUAUUGAACCGACGAAGAGAUAUAUAGCGUUUAUCAAUAUGCUGUGUAGUAUACUUAACUCAAGGGUGACUGCUAGAAUGCGAAAUAUUGCCUUACAAUUGCAUGCGGCGAAGAAAUAUCUGCUUCGUUUAUUUUCCAAUGAAGAAAAUAAGUUAUCGCCUUUGGAUAGAGAAAAUCUUGCCUGGAAACGCCUCCAAGGCUACCGAUACUUUCUCAAAGGGGAACCAGUCUGUGGUUUCAUCGGAUUUCUGAUUUGUAUCGAGAGUUUCAGGCAUUUAUACACUACUCUGAUCAAAAAGGAGAAGAGAAUAACAUAUUUAAAUCCUCAGCGACUGUGCAAAGUGCAAGCGGAAGAUUUGGUGAACAAUUUAAGAGCAUACGACUAUUUAGACGCCGACUCUUUAUCUGGAGAACGUUUCCAACGUUUCUAUAAAGAUUUAUUCCAACAUCUUGAAAAAAAUCCGCAGUUUUCUGACAAAAGUGUCCCGUUAGGACACUGGCCGUUGCAAAACAGGUUUCCUCCGAUGGUCACUAUUAAGUUAACAUCUGGAAAACGCUCCUAUGAUGACGUGUACUCCGGCCAAUACAGGCUUAAGAAGAUGAAAAAGACUUCAGAAGAAGAAAGAGCGACUAAAUUAGUCCGUGAUUACUCCAAAGCGAUGGACACAGAAAUAGACUUAUCGAUAAGAAAGAACAUGGUCGGUUUCUUAGCGGGCUGGAUCGCAGCUAAAUUUGCUAAAUGCUUGAAAUGCGAAGAGUGCAUAGAUUUGCUUUGUACUGAUAAGAAGCUUUGGUUUCAUAAGUUCAUAACUGUAAGAUGGAUCUACGCUUUAUGCUUGCCGAGCGAGGAAAUUUUCCGUAUCUGUUGGGAGUGCGAACGAGCGCACCGCUUGAAAGGGUCUCCUAUGCGCCUCAAGGCUUGGGUGCUCCGUCGUCUAGCCCCGAAAUUCCCCUGGUCGAAGUCGCCAAAAAGAUCUAAACACCGUCCGCUCCAUCAUAUCCACCUCGCGCGCGCUGUGAUCGCGAAAUACCUCGCGUUGCGAGUGCCGACGCCAUUCGGCAAGAAAGACAGGGAGAAGAUUGUGGAGAUGUACCAGGAGUUCACGACCAGGGACCCUAAUGAGUCGAUGGACAAGUAUAGGGUUGAGGAUUUGGAAGCUUGGUUGAAUCGUAGCAAAGAGGAGGAUUCUGAUAAUUGAUUUUUUAUAUAAUAUUGAUGAAUAAGACAAACACUGAAGUUUUGAAUGAUUCACGGUUAGAUUAGACUUAUACUGACCGGGAUAUGAACCGUGAUUACCUUUUGUCACAGAAUAAAUAAUAGUACUAGGUACAGAAGAUUAACUCUCUAACAAAACGCGUCUGUUAUGAUUAGGACAGAUAUGACCGCUAGGUGGCGACAGCGCCACGCGCGGCUUAUGGAUAGCCACCAAAAUUGGUGUGGGACGGAUGUACUUGUAGCUACCUGUUGCAAAGCGACGAAAUCGCGGAGUGAGCCACGCCUGCUUUUGUAUUGUUUUCGAGCUCCCGAUAUUUCGGCGCAGUUAUAGUAUGAAAUAUCUCAGGUGAUUUUUUCGGGCUCGGGCCCUAAUCUGUUAAACAAAAGGUACUGUUGGCUUUAUGCAGUGGUAACACUGCUUACUGCUAAUAGCCCCGACAUAAGUAACGGGAACAAGCCCGUUUAAAAACCAAACUUACUAUUCUAAUUAUAUGGUUCAAAUUCAUGAAACAGCCCAUUCGGAGAUAACACGUUUUGUUAUCUCCAAAACCAAGACCACCCUAAUUGUUCUCUGAAUGAACUGUCACAUGAAUUUGAACCUUAAUACUAUCACGAUAGAUGCUUUUUAAAUGACAUUGGUUACUUCGGCACGUGCUGAAGACCGCUCAUGAAAGAAACAAAGGCUUUUGUUUAACGGAUUAGGGCCCGAGCCCGAAAAAAUCACCUGAGAUAAUUCAUACUAUAUCCACCUUGUUCAUCCUUGUUCAUGUUGUAUAUGCAUCUUGUUCACGGGUAAUUGAUGAUAGCGGGCGGGUGGCGGGUGUCAAAGUGGUGUUCGGUUCAAAUCCCGGUCGAUAUAAGUCAAGUGAAACACUGAAGUCUUUAAUAACAACUAUAACGUGUUUUAUGAAGCUGUGUUCUCAGUCUUUAGGUUUAAGAUGAUAUUUUUUUCAUAAUUAUUUGAUUACUAACAUUUGAUGUGAUAUUGAUAUUAUUAAAUUGUUGGCUCAGUUAUAAGAAUUUAACUUUACAAAGUGAAACUCGAAAUGUGUGAUAUGUCGAUCUCAGAAGAAAAGAUAAUUUGUUACAGCAGAGAAGUCAAAGAGGUAUUACUUAACUUAAUAGUAGUAGAGGUAUAAAGUCUAAGAGAAAACGUAUGCGUACUUUACAACAGAUGGCGCUGUGUUGCUUAACCUUUUACCAGGCUAACAGUUCAAAAAUGACAAUCGAAUGUCAGUUUUCUAAAAUAAAACACAUGCUUGAAAUGCCGUAUGUGGGAAAUAUCGCCUUAGCCUGGUUAAGGGUUAAUUAAAAUGGUUCGUUUGGAAUUAUAUGAGAGGGCCUAUCUUUACUUUACUUUUGAAAUGUUGACUUCGACCGGUCAACCCCAUUCAGUUGACCUGAAAACUUCCAAAACUAGGGAGUCUCUUUCCGAGAGUGACACUAUAUGGGGCAUUAUCUAUGAAAAGGGACCUUAUUGUCGAUGGCGCUUACGCCGCACAACGUCGCGCGGCAUAGUAUUUAUAUCGGGGCAUCGUUAGUAACGGCGUAAGCGCCAUCGACAAUAAGGUCCCUUUUCAUAGAUAACGUCACAU